UUAUAAACUAUGUAAAAUGUGGUAGAAUUAAAAAUAAAUGUUGGUCUACAAAAUCCGUUUUAGAAGGUUUCAUUUAUAAAAAUACAGAACGUAAAAGGUGGUUCUUUGAAAUUUAAUACUCCCUCCGUACUACAAAAAGGUUCCACAUUACUAUUCACAUGGUAAAACAAUUUCAUCCUUGCAUAUUUUCUUUGAUCGUUUGGCAAAUUAAAUUAGGGAUGUCAUCUCUUGUUUCAUAGAACAUUUGUAGUUUUUUAAAUAUAUAAAUUUUAUUUUAAAAAAUUUCACCAAUUUUCACUUAAAUUAAUUUAAAAAUAACUUCAGUCAAGCAUCUUAAAGUGAUCUAGAACCUUUUUACAAGGCAAAGGGAAUGUGAAAAAGUGUUUUCUUAAAAAAAGUCAGACAUAAAAGGUGUUUUGGUCAAACUAUGUCAUUUAUCAAUGCCUUGCACACACUAGCAUGUCACAUGGUAUGCACACAUCGCUAGAGGGGGUGUCAUGCCACUUUAAAAAUUUGACAAAGCCUUUGAAGACUUUUUUUGUUACAAGGUUUAUUGCGCCUAUUUGAAAUAACACAAGGGUGUUGGGUGCAAUUUUUGCACUGAUUAUUUCUUACCUACAUUGCAUUUUAUGUUCGUAUACAUAAUUUAAAGUGUGACUUGUGUUUGUUCUUUAGGUUUUAUGAUAUAAAGAUUGGUACUGGAGCGGAAGCUGUGAAGGGAUCUAGAGUUGUUGUAUGGGAGGCAAACUUAAAUAUGUGAUGAGUUUUUAGGUUCAUUGCCAAUGAAGCUAAAAAGUCAUUUUUUACAAUGUUAUAGUUUUGAAUAAAUUAUGGACUAAAUCAAAAUGGCAUAUUAAAUUUCCCUCCUUACUUUCAAUAGAGUUUUGGGCACUAAGUGUAGCAACACAUUAAGGGUCUAAUGGAAGGAACCUCUUUGUUUUUCCAAGGGUAUGGUUGUAUACAUCUUGAUCUUCCACAUUCCAACGGAGGGGGGACUACAUUGGACUUGUUGUUACCGUGCGCUUUGGUUCCAUGCACUAAAACUAUGUGACUAUAGCUUACAAAUUGAAGUUUAUCAUGAUGAAAUUAUCAUAGGUCCAUUAUGUUGCUAAAUGGAGAGGCAUUACGUUCAUGACAAGCAGACAAGGAGUAGGUGUUGGAGGAGGAACGCCUUAUGGAUUUGACGUUGGUCAAUCGGAGCAAGGGGUAGUCCUCAAAGGAUUAGAUCUCGGUGUUCAAGGCAUGAGAGUGGGAGGACAGCGUUUGCUGAUAGUUCCUCCAGAGUUAGCUUAUGGAAACAAAGGGGUUCAAGAAAUUCCUCCAAAUGCGACAAUUGAGUUGGAUGUGGAACUACUUUCAAUCAAACGAAACCCGUUUGGGUAAAGAGUUGAAAAAGCAUUUUGAGAUACUCGUCACUCGGGAGUGUAAUGCUAUCUAUAUACGCCCUCACUUUUAUUUCCUGACAUUAUAUCUGAUUAUUGGCUCACAGCAAAAGCUUUAGAGUCAUUGAAGGAUGACUUGCAUUGUGGUGCUCAUAUCUUUGUACAAAGGAACUCACAAUUUGCAAUUGUAACUUGUAAGAAACCUUUCAAUAAUUCCUAGCAUAUCGCCACUUAUUUCUUCGGCUAUGCCAAACAUGUGUUUGAGAGAUGAAACACAGCCAACGGCUGCAUUUUGUGGCGGUCGGUUUCUAGUUUUUCU